AAUAAUGGCAACGCUGGAUACAACGUUGGGGACAAGCUGGGUAGUAAGAAAACCCCCCUUCCAGAGACUGAUCAACUACCACAGGUAAAUUCAUUUCUAUCACUGGGAAGAAAAUCGCGUGUAUAUUAAUAAAGCUACUCAACAGUUUUCAUACACAUAGAUACAAAUGCGAUCAUAACGUAUCAUAAAUGCGAUUCUUCUUUCAUUUUGGGUUCGAAUUUAAAUUAAGGGGUUAUUUGAUUGCUGAUCGUUUACGUGUUUAGUGUUUUUUAGUGUGGUUAUUACUUAUUCUUUAAAUUAAAUGGGCUUAAAAGAUAUUUUUUUCCAACACUACCGCAGGAAAGCAUCUUUUUCGUAGUUUUUAUUUGACUGGUCAUACUCAAGGUGUAAAGUGCAAUUUUAAAGUGCGAGAACUCCUUAUGAACUUGACCACUUGUUGUUUCUUUCCAAAUCGAAUUGAAAUUUGGAGUACCCUGAGAAAAACGUCAGCCAUUCCUUUUUCCUUUUGCUAGCAGCGAGGAACGAGGGGAAACGGCUGCAUUCGUGGGCUAGGCACCGAGACAUACAGCACGUUGCCGUAUCAAUUUUUAACUUCACAUGUGAAAUUAAAACUUUUAAUUAAUUUAACGCUGAAAUUUCACGCCAAAAUUAAGGAUGUAUUUGUCACCCAUACAUACAUUUUUUGUCAACAUGAAAUUCAAAGUUUUGUCGUUUUACUUAAAUUUAUGAUCGAGUCAUACGACUUUAGCUUUUCUUUGAACAUGUGAAUAAUGUCUGAGUGGCCCUUCAUUGUUUCAAUUAACAGGAGUUUUACAUGAGUGGGUUUAAUGACAAAGCUAAAACUGAAGUUGAAAUCAUGUGGACAAACCAACACGGGACCGGAAAAAAGGCAGAUCACUUUGUAGAGUCACAAGUGAUUCUACAGUAUAUGUGUCAAGAAUUUCCUGAUGGAGAUGUGCCUUUAGCGAAUAUCAACACACAGUUUGAGUACCACACUAUUCGUAAUGGGGGAACUUCUAGCACGCAAACAUUUAGAGCCAACCAAAAAGAAAGUUCUGAUGUUAAGCUGACCCUUGGACUUCACGAACCGUACAAUUAUUACCAGUCGUAUCUCCGCCGCGAGCGAAACAAAGGUAGGACGUUCUAUAUACGUCUGGAGGGUACUCAACAAAGCCUUACCCCUUACCCUUUUACCUGUAUAUACGCUUUUGAUAGAAAAGUAGCCUGUUCCAGGCUCUCAGAUAGUGGGGGAAGACGCGAAAGAAAAAGGCGCGCGAAAAGUUGGCGGGGCGGGAAAAAGGAAAAGGCCGCCCCUUCUCUCCCCAGUUUCCUCCCGUUUUAUUUUCGUGUUUGCGCUUUCUCAAUGCAGCGGACCCGACUAUCUCGGAGCCUGGAACAGGCUAACAGAAAAGGUCCUCCUUAUCGUCUAUUGGAAAAUGGUAGCCCUUUCCCAUACCUAGCAGGGCUUUCAAUAAGCACCGACAACCGACGAAACGCGUCGGCUACUUUACUCAGAGCAGUCGGAUACUUUUCUACCCGAAAAGAAGCAAUUAGUUUUAAAAAUAUCGUGAACAAAAAUAAAUCAGUAAAUCUGAAUUAAAACGUAAGUUAAUUAUGAUAUGCUUUCAAGGUCCACUGAUAUGUUAUGCUUUAGUUAUACCAGAAGCGCUUCUGGUUACACAAACGCUGUAUUUCAGUCAAUUUUUCCCACGUUUCUUUGUGGUCUACGCAGAAUUUGUUUAUGAACAAAUGUACUUAAUUUUGAAUAGUGACAUUAGCCAUUGCUUGUAAAAAUUGAUUCUGUGGCUUUGAAACGUGAAUGAAAGCUAUAUUUUCUUGAAUGAGAAACACAGUGUUUUGUUCUCAAUUUAGUUCCCGUAACACUGGAAAUCACUUUUCAGCGCUCUGAAACUUUCCAAACAUUUUCUGGGGAGCACGUCCCCAGACGCCCUCAGAAGAAGGGGACUACGGCCCCCUCGUUGAUACAGUCGGUUACUCUAUUCAAACCUGCUGGCUACUUCAAUUAUUAUUGAAACCCCUACCUAGUUUAAAACUUUUCAUCCUUUUUAAGUAAAUGGACUGCCUCUUAAAUAUGAAUAAAUUCCCCCAAAACACGAGCAUUUCUGUUAGCCCUUUUGGGAUAAAAUGAAAGAUUUCCCUACCAUCAACUAGUUAAAUUCUUAACCUUUCAUAAAGCUGAAGUCUUAAAAGAGGGUAUAUACACUCAGAAUUGUGGGUGUUGAAACACUUGUAGUCUUCGCUAAGGCUCAUUUGCAUAAAGCUUUUUUUAUGAAGCGCGCGAAUUUUCUACAACAGUUGCUGUCUCCUUUGUGCCAAGUCUGAGGAACUUUCUAUGGUCGCCUUGGGUUUUCAGUACCUGUUUAUCGGCAUUUGGCAUAUGUCAUUUGGUGUAGCUCAUUUGGACCAUAAUGCGUUUUGUUCCACAGGUUUGUUUACCGCUGACCAAAAGCUCGCCGGUGAUUCACCAAUUUACACGCGGCAAAAUAAAGCCGGAACAAGGAGGGGAUAUGAGGUUCCUGAGGAGCGUGAUUACUAUCCAUACUGGGGCCCCAGUCCUUGGAGGGACAUUGCCAUCAUGGUCAGCGAUGUGAAGACCUUUUGAUUUGAUGAAGAGGCAUGUUAACAGCUCUCAAUACGGCUACAAAUGUGAGUGUAUUCUAGUUAAGAUUCUGUUUAGAAAUAUCACGGGAGGAUUCAUUAAGAGUUGGAACUACAGCCUAUGAAUCUCUCUCUACAACGGACAAAAACCUUGCAGAGAGUUGUCCGUGACAUGACGGCGAAGGUAGCGAAAACGUCUCUGAUAAAUCUAAUGUUCACUUGAGUUUUAGCUGAUCCAAUAACGGUACCCUAUCUAAAGAGCAUACCGGGAACACAACGUCAACAAGGGCUAAAACGAUACCCUAUUUAAGGAUGGAGGCCCUGAAAAAACUAUACCCUAUCGGGCGGCACAUACUUAUCCAGCCCAUAUUUGGGAGUACUCCCCAGCGUACCUAGAAUACACCCACAACAUUGUGUGUUUCUUUUCUUUGUUUCAAAUUACGUUAUACAGAUCUGUGCAUCAUGCGGGGCAAAUCAAGUGAUCAAUGCCCCAAAAAGAAUGAUGGCCUCCCUGGAGAAAAAUGCGUUGCUAAAUAUCUCACCGCAGAGGCUUGUAAGAAGGCUGGUGGGAAGUGGACACGAUUCAUCACAAACGUUAUGGAGAGAACGCGUGGCGUCCUAAGUACGUGCCAUGGAAUCGACGGAAUGAAGCUGAAGAGAGGCGUUCCGUAUGAACCACAUAAGGUCGCACAAGGUGGAGAUCUACUGCAGCAGUAUGUCCUUGUUCAGAAGCCACCCGAAGUUUUGUAUGCGCCUUCCACUUAUAUCAACCACAAUGGAGUAGGCCGCGAUGGGAAGUUUACGUCAUACAAAUGGAAAGUCCCCUUAUUUCCUUCCAACGUAACACAACGUUGCGUGUUACGUAUAAGGUUAGAUUCAGUAAAAUCAUAGUGAUGGGAUUUGCCUAAACUCUGAAAUAGAGCCAAAUUCUGUAUGACAACAAGUAGUCGUUUAUGUUGUUGGGACAUGACGCAGCGACAAAUUUGCGUUCAGUAGAUACACAGGAACAUGACGAUCCACAGAAUCAUGUCCAAUAUACACAAACGGAUACGAUUCGUCAAACCGAUUGUCCAUUGGUACCAAUGGUACGAUUGGUACCAAUAGAAAAUGAUGUCAGUCCAAUGGUUCUAUUGGUGAAUAUGCAUCUCAUGAUAGUAAUGACAGAGUGAUUUACUAGACAUGGAAUGGAACCAAAUCUUAUACCUUAAACCUCCCACUUAUAAGCUCCCACGUUAUAGGCCUACUACCUCUUCCAUCUACAGGAAAUUAGAGCCGGUUAUAAGCCCCCCUCUAGCUUGUAUUGGAAUAAAUUCGAUUUUUUACGACGUUUUAAAGGUUUAAAAAGUGAACAGAUUCAAAAAGUAUUUUGAUAAGCACUGUUAUGUGGCUUGUUUUUGUUUUGAAACGCUCUUUUUAGCUCUUCAAAAUAUAAGCCCCCUGUUUAUAAACCCUUCUAAAACCCCUUACGAAGUUGUCUAAGCCCAAAGCUUUUAUAGCGGCAGUUUACGGUAUGACAGCCUGUCGUCGUGUAUGUUGCGGAAAUGGUCGCAGCGACAAAUUUACGUUCAGACAUGAAGCAUGGGUUCGAAACAGUCCUGGAACACUGAUCUCCCUUUGCAGUCAGCAGUGCACAAACACAUUCAAACAAUUCAGGAACACUUUCUCGCGGUUAUUAGCGCCUUUUUAGCAAUUUGUGCCCAUGACAUGCCCAGUGUUCGUGCGACAUGUCGUAGCGAAAAACAUUGCCCGAAAAUUAGCGUGUUGCACAAAUUAAAACGUGUAGGCGUGUGUGGCUGAGCAGUAAACACCUCGAACUCUGGGUCUGGAGGUCUGGGGUUCAAGCCUCACCGGUCGCGUUGUUUCCUUAGACAAGGAACUUUACUUCACUUAGUCUCUCUUCACCUAGGUGUAUAAAUGGGUACCGACGACAUACUGCUGGGGGAUAACCAUGCCAUGGACUAGCAACCCGUCCAGGGGGGAGUACCAAUACUCCUAGGUGCUUCAUGCUACGGAAACCGGCAUAAGCUCCGGCUGUUUGGGCCUUUGGCUCGUUUGCGCAUUUACCUUACCUUAUACUCACUCAAUGAUUUGUUAACUCAAAGCUAAUCUGUGUCUGUAGCAGGAAACUAUAAAGGGAUAUGUCUCCCAUCUGCGCCGCGCAUGUUCUCCGGCUCAGAUGGCGAGGGCAGUAGACUGGAUACCUUUAAGGCUCCGUCCACGCUAAUCCUUUUUCGUUUGAAAACGCACUCAUUUCGAUGCGUCUAGGUCUUUCGGUAGAAAACUUAUCAAAUUAAAACGAUGACUGAAAAUAUCGCAGGGGCGUUUGUUUCUACUCAUAUGCAUAGAGUUCAACUGACGUCACAACGUGCAGUUCUACCGUUGUCGAACGUUUUAGUGUUGAAAGUCGAAAACGCAUCAAAACGUUAGUGCGGACGGGAAUCGAUGCGUUUUUGAUGGAAACGAAAACGCAUCCUUCUGAAAAAGCAUUCUUUUUUUGUGUGGACAGGGCCUAAAUCCUUCUCUAGCUCCGUUUGUUGUUAUCAUGUCCAGUGCGGCAUUCUGUUCUUUCUUUUUGCGGUGUAUUUGUCCAUAGGAAAUAUCAAUUUCAUUUUUAUUGUAGAUAUAACAUCACCAGUGACGAUGUUCCACGCGAAUUUGAUGCCAGUGAUAACGAUAAGUAAGUGAAAAUUACAUGGGAAAUAAUAAAUUAGAGAGAUACAGCUUUACUUAGUACUAAUGUUGUUAUAAAUUUAGUGUAUCAGAAGAGAUUCAACAAACCAUGGAGGUGCAGGACACUUAGUCAUUAGCCCGUUCCAUGCGUUCAGAUAAUAGAGCACGGCGGUCAGAUGGGUGGGGAGCGAGUUAAAUUGUAUAAUUUUUCUUUUUCUUUUCUCUUUUUCACCCGCCCUCUACUAUCUGAACGCCUGGAACGGGCUACUUAGUCAUCUGUACGGCUAAAAAAGAGAACAACAUUCGGAAUGAAAAAUAGUAAAAAAAAGUUCACGUUAUUUAGACUGGUCAGCUCCUGUAAUCACGUCAAACUUAAAACAUUCAAAUCGUAUUCAGCACUUUAAUCGAUAUGCAACCCCCUCCUGUUUUCUAUGGGAAAAGCUCUGAGGGCUACGUCGAUUAAUAUGGCGGCCGGCAUAUCGGUGUUCAACAAUCUAAUUUCCCGUUAGUAUAACAUUUUGUCCUGCUUUUCAACAGUUGUAUUCGUGAUACUAUUUGACGAACACUUUUUUAACCCUUGUCCUGAUUAUGCAAACUGAGGUUCGAAAGAAAAAGUUGGAUGUUUCCAGCUGAAAAACCAUGUUAUUUGUGAGGAUUCGUAUCAACUCUAAAAAUAAUUCACGCAAUACAGAGGAAUAAAGAACAGUCUAAGCCCCAAAGCAUGAUAAUUGUUCCAUGUGGUUUUGCCUAGCCCCAAAACAGUAAUGUUGCCUCUCACCCAUCCCCCUUUUUUUUUUUUUUUUAAUUAGAAUCCGUCAUUGUGGUGCACAAAUUCUUCCCAGCACACACUGUACUUUGAUGACCGUUAUUGAAAUUGAAACGUACAUCACGAUCUCGCCUUUCCCUCUCAACUCACACCUCACUUAUCCUCUUCUUGCCUCGUGGCACAUAAGGCCUUCACCGAGUCCCUUCAUUUAUCUCGGUUAGCCGCAAUGGUCUUCACUUCCUUUCAAGACUGCCAUCCUGCUUCUGCUCUUUCUUUUUCGACCGUUCGCCUCCAGGUGGUUUUUGGUCUUCCUCUUCUUCUUUUUCCUUCUGGUACCCUCUCUAGCUACCUGCACAAUGUUACCAUUGACUUCUGUACAGUGUACGUGUUCAUGAUGUUUUUGAGGUGUAUCAGAGGCCUAUUCAGCUCGGUGGCGUCCUGUUGGCUUUGGCUUUCGCGCAUCAUAUAGUCACUCCUGUUGAGAGGACCGGCCACAGUCUUCCCUUGAUAAAGUGAAUUUUCUCUACUUUUGGUUUUUGUAAUAACAGGGUUUAAAGGGAGACGCCGGGUUAUCAGCCCUCAGCCCAACCCCCAACCUGGAGGACCACUCUGGUCUCUAUCCUUCAACCUGUCCGGCAUGGGUGGCCCUUAACCAGGAGUCAAUCACUCCAGCCGACGUAGCUCUAUGGGUCAUUCAGACACGCCAACCACUCCACGGUAAGGUGGUGGUCCCUCUGGAGCAAUGCCGUUCCCUCUACUCGUGGUUAAACUACUCACAAAAAUUCCCCGUUGCGCAUUUUGUUGUACAGAUCUUAUUGUCUGUGGCAAAAAAUAAUCUUUUGUCUUUUAGAGUUAAGAACAACCCGAAAACUAAAGCUACUGAUGGCCUAACAGAACUUCAGCUUGCCUUGAACACCGCUCAGGUUGGACGAACAUUCCAAGACAGAACUCACGUAUUCCUUCUGAAACCACGGAGCGUUCUCUCUGAAAAAUAUCAGAAAUCCACCAUAAAGUACAUUCAUGGGAUGGGAAAGAGAGGCAACAUUGUACAGGCGUAUCCUUCCAUGGAGUAUCGCUUUUUUCCUGAACUGCUUCGUGUUACAACAGACGAUGUGGUGUGUUUCGUCUGGUCUGGUAAGUGAUUACGGCUGAAUGAUCAAAUCAAAAAAGCUAUACCUUUAAUGGAAACCUCAGAAUAUUCCACGUUACUUAGGUUUAGUUAGACUACGUUUUUAGUCCCUGGGUUACUCCCUGUAGUGGCCUAGAGGCGGAGGCACUGCUCGAAAGGGGUACCUUUUUCAAGCGUUUCAGGUUUUUAAAAGAGUAGGGAAUGUGGUGCAUUAACAGCAGUUUUGAAAGUGGAACCAUGUGUCAAUAGAACGAAUAAAGGGGUAUAAUCUUUUUUGUGAAAAAUGGCACAUAAAAAGGUGAUUAAGCGUCGGACCUCAGGGUGGACCCUCUCCUUACAAAAUCUUUGUUCAGUGCCUUCCUGGGGGUUUAAGUAACGGGCCAUAGAGACCUGUUUUUUUUAUUUAAUAUCUAAUUUCCUUUUUUUCAGGUUCAAACCAUAAUCCCAGGGGCCGUGCCGGCCAAGGGACAGAUCGUAAGUUACCUGUCUGUCCUAUCUUGUUGUUUCUAAUAAUUGUACCAGGUCUUAAUUUUUGCGAUUACAAAACCACGGAGUUAACGAUACGUAAAGUUAUAACCCAGUUCUUUACUUUCUGAAUUAGCAAUCUUAUUAGUAGAAAUCGCUACUUUCCGAGUUUCGUUAUUUUCAGGAGUAAAAAGAAGCUGUUACCAUUUAGAUGAUCUAAGCAUGUUUGGGAGAAUGACGCCAGUACAAAUGUAGUUGCAACAAUUUAUUCCGUGAAUGUAUGAAAGUGAGAAUCGGAUCGGUAUCUGACUACAGAUGACUUGCUUUCUUCGGACCUCUCUUUCCCACAGAGUCUCCCGCUGGGUCGCAAAAAUGUUUUCCUUCCCAUCUUCCCCGCGCGCUUUCUUUUUACCCUCUCCCCAGCCUUCACACGACACAAAGAGGCCUCUGCAGAGGAGGGGGACUAAAAACUAAAAUAAAAAUCAUUGUUUUUGAAAACAUGUAUUAAAUCACGCCGUUGUCGUCCAUACUCCAGACAUUGACAAUUUCCAGCUGACUCAGUGUUAAUAAAAUCUUUCUUUUGACUUCUGAGAAAAGUCGAAGCAAAUGAUGGGUAUUCCCACCCCUUUGACAUGAGCACCCCCCUGCCCAAUUCUUGACAAUUCUUCAAACUGCCCUUUUGAUCGGUUAGUCACAUUAUACUAGAAAUUUUAAUCUUCAUGCUUUUGAGCGUCACCCUAAACAUAAUAGUAUUACAUGUACAGCGAAAGUUUCUGUCGCAAAAGCAUUAUGCUCAAUUAAUUCUGGACAAAUUUUUGCCUUUUUCCUGCCCCUUACCCUGCCCAAACAAAUUACCUCUAUAGUAGGUUAACAAGACAACGUUUUAAUGUUUUUGGUACAAUGCACGCGGCAAAAACAAGUUCUCAAUGGCCCUUAAUUUGUUAGGAACCUGGCUUUAUGCCGAUAGCCAAGCCUUGAAAUGAGUUUUAUAGUGAAAGAAAGCUGUUGCAAAGAAAAUUUGAGACAUUUUUGCCAUAGGCUUUUUUAAAAUUUUUUUAUUGAAUUUAAUGUAUCAAUAUGCUAAAAAUGCCCACUAUACUGGCAUCAUGCUUGAUGCUCUAACUCAUGCCCAAAAUCAUGCUGAUAUAAUGUUAUAAACCUUUUAGUUACUUUUGAUGUCCGUAUUAAGGAGGUUCAGCACUGUUUGUAAGACGUAACUAAGAUUAAAUAUUUGAUGUGGAAACAACAGUGGGCCUAUGAGCGUCUUUGUUUGCAAUUUAGAAACGGAUCGCACCAACGUAUGUUGGGUGGAGGAAGGAUGUAGUUCCCUCAAACCCCCAUCUUGUUCCAGUUCGAUUCUUGAUGUGGUUGAUCAUGUGAAUAAAUUUGACAGCGACGAGUUGAAUCUGCACCUCAACAAAGGCUGUUACACCGGUUCCGCCUCAUUGAACGCUGAACUUAAUAAUGCACCAGCUUCCUGUAAUCCACCAUGUUUCCGCAUCAUGUUGCCUGGGGAAUACUGUUACAUGGGCACGCGCAAUAAUAACUUCUCUAAUCGUCGUCACAUGGGAAAAAUCAUUGUGACCCAAGGCACCGUUUUUCCAAAGCUAGACUACGGGGGCAACUCAUACCCAGGGAAAUCGUGUAAAGAUAUCAAAGAUAUCAGGGACAAAUUGAAAGAAAAACGUACGAAUGGAAUCUACUGGAUUACGCUGAAACACAAAGGUUAGUUGGACUAUACUGAGCUGAUCUGUGUCUCAAAGUUAUUGUUUCUGAGAUGUAAUUGUUCGAUGAACAAACCUUUAAACUGCAUCAACUCGGUUUUAAGUUGGUCACUACUACUUAUAACUCUUAAUUGAGGGGGGAGCUACAGGAGGGUAAAUCUCCCUCCUCUCUACUUUUUCAGCCAGUUUCUUUUUCCUCCCUACUCUUUGGGGCAAUUUCUUUCUCCUCCCCAAAUUUGGUUUAAAAAUUGGCGGCAGGCAACACACAACUCCUGCACUUAGUCGUAAGGUAAGUUUUCUGACCUUCAGAGCUUUGCCUCUACACCAACAUACGGCACGAAGAUUGUGUAACCACCAUAUGUCAUGCAUACGAAGAUUUUUAAGGAGAAAAAGCCCUGUGGGGUACUCCAGGGAAUUCUUGCUGGGGGUGUGCCGCCCGGAUCUCCAAUUUCUGACCCUAUUUCAGACCAAAAAAUCUCGUUAUUCACGCCCGUUUUCAGACCUGGCCUCUAAGAAAUAGUGUCAUCAUUACCUUAGUAAUGCGAUUAAGCGCCUUCCAAAAAGCGCCCCCCUUAGAGUGUGUUUUUGUUAAUAAGCGCCCCUAGUCUAUUAGGCGCCCCCAUUCCAAUAAGCGCCUCCAUUGUUAUAAGCGACCCCGUUCUAUUAAGCGCCCCUAAUCUAAUAUUACAAUAUUAGAGUACGGGUAUGUAUCAACCGUGGUUCAUUUUCCUUUAAUUGCUCACAAACGUACAAAACAAGGAUCCUUUCGACGGGAUCAUCGAAUCGGACAGCGAAUUUUAGAAAAUUUAUUCAGUAAACUGACUUCGCGAAGUUUCAAACCGGUGUCAUUUCAGUCUAGAAAUUUUUAUGUUGAGUGAGCUGCAGCAAAAGAGUGCCUGGUUAAGGCUUACAUAACAACUUAAAUGGUUAGCAAAACACUACUUUUUUUCGCGGUUCGAUAAACAACAGGAUUCCGCAUGGAAUAGACAUAACUGAAUGAAACGUAGUGCACAAAUUAUCACUUUCUUAUCUUCAAAAAUCGGCCCAUGGGUCAAUGCCAUAAGAGCCCACUGAAACUAGACCUAGAUCCAAUUUUCUUGAGUCGAGAGUCGCUUUUCCAAGGUACAAUCAGCUAAGAUAAACACCGAUAAUUAAUAUUGAUGGCUGGCCCAGAAUAUUUUGGCCAAACCGCAGUUCAACCACGCGAUCACAUACCUAUCAACACCAUGCGGAAAUCACGCAAUCACACACUUUCGCGGCACUGAUAAGACCAUCCACAACCACGCAUAACACAAAUCCCUAACCACAAAACAAACAAAAAAAGAAAAAACGACAUAAGCAAACAACACAGUAAACAAGCUAUUAGACAGGGAAAGUUGAGAAAAAUUACAAAAUGUUUGCUAACCCGGUUUCAUAACUCCAGGUAUACAUAUUUGUUACUGUUACAGCUUCUGUUAUUGUUCCGUUUUUAAAAAACAUGAAAGUUUUGUUUUGAGCAUUUGGUUGUUUCUCAAAAGGGAAAUAAGCGCCCUGUUCGGAAUAAGCGCCCUGCCUCGAAUAAGAGCCCUUCCUUGAUCAGGAGGUACCAAAAGUAAAUAUUAAGCACCUGGGGCGCCAAAUCGAAUCAAAAAAGACUUGUUAAAAUCCAUUUCGAAUUUGCAUAUUUUUCCUUCUGUCUUAGUCAUUUGAAACUGAAAUGAUAAAUACGUUCAUACACUCCCGUAGUUCCCUCGAACACCAUACCCGACAGGUGGCUGGAAGAUUCCUGGUUGUGUCCACAAAUCCCUGCCGCCUUGUUCUGCGAUUAAAGUUCAACCGGCAAACUUGUUUUUCUUUCUGGAGAUUUGUUAAGGCUCAGAAAAUUGGCGUGAGAUUUUUUGGGGGUCAAUUUUUAGUCAAGGGAUAUUUUUGUGGGAUUUGUUGAAGGCCCUAGGUAUUUCUUCGGGUUUUGAUUUUUAGCCCCAUUCGAGCAUUCCUGUCCCUUGAAAUCCGGAGUAUCCCCCCUGGGCAAAAAACCCGUCCCUUUGGGGCGGCAGAUGCCUAGGCUUAUAUAUGGGAGUAACCCCCCCCCCCCCCCGGGGGGAAAGCCUCUAUACCUACCAAGUAUUUAAGAGAAAUACUCUAACUUAUAUUGACAGAGAAAGCGUUUCAAUUUUGCAGUAGCAACUACCUACAGACCCAUAGAAUUGCCAUGGGAACAAAGAUAGCCGUUGAUUUUGCAAACACAUUACAAACCAACAGAAACUUUUCAGUACACGAAGUUCUACUCAUGUCACACAACAGGUGUGAAGAAAGGCUUCAUUAAAGGAGAAGCGCGCCGGCUUCUAAGGACCUAUUCCUCUCAAACCACUUUUGAGAAAAAUACCCAAAAAUUUCGAAAAUCGCCCGAUAGAAAGAGGCUACCCUGCCUCUAUUGUGAGAAAGUACCUCUCCGAGGUAAAACUCGCCGACAGGAAGAUAGCUCUUUAACAGAGAAACAAAUCCGCCCUUAACUUAAGGGCGGAAAACACUACCUUUCGUUGCACAAAGUCAAUACCACUCUGCGUAUCUUAGCCUAACGAAAAUACUAGUGGGGAAAUUGUACCUUAUACAAAACCAACAACAGCUAAUAGAAAUCCUAAAGGAGCCUCCCCUCAUAACAUAUCAUAAGGGAAAUACACUUAGGAAUUAUUUGUUAGAGCGAAGCUCUGAAGGUCAGAUUACGACCAAGUGCAUGAGUCGUGUGUUGCCCGUCGCCAGUUUUUAAACCUGGUAGCCUGAGAUGUGUCAAGUUUGAUUCCAUGCUUUCUCGGUUAAGUCCUACCAAGGGAGUCAAAGGAGACCCAAGGGGAUUGCCGUGUAUGUCAAUUUUUCUAUUCCCCCCAUCCCUUGUCAUCACGCAAGUUAAAAAAAAGCCCUAAAAUUACCUUCUCAUCGAUAUCUCCCUACUCCCACAACAUUUCAUUUUCUCCCUCCUCCCUACAUUUUCGCCCCGAUUCUCCCUCCUCCCUAUUUUGUGCCUCCCCCUCUUAAUUCUGGUAAAAUUCUCAUCUGUGUCCAACCAGUCUGUAAAUCUACCUAUCCAUUUUUCAUUAUUUAUUUACUGAUUUGUUCCUCAAAAGGUGGCACAUAAGUUUUGUUUGUCGGUUGUUGCAUAAAAAAUAACAACAACAACAAACAAAACAAAAUCAUAUAAGCAUCACAUCAACGGAAGCCAAACAAUGCAAAUGAUAUUUUGUUCGCUGCCACUGUAAGUUAAUAAAGUGAUGGAUAUAUGAAUUUCACAUAUUUAAACCGCGAAAUGCAGAAAUAAACGAAGAGAAGAUCAUCGCAGUUAAAGACGCAACUCAAUGCAGUUGCGAAAAGAAAGCCUUGAAAAAUUUCAGGCUUGUCGAGAUUCGAACUCUGACCUCUGCCAUACCGGAAAUGUUAAACUCAACUUACAAGCGUCGCUUCCAGGAUUUCGAACUUGGCUGGGCCACAGUUGUGGGAGGCCAUGGUAUUCUCACUACUUCACCACCUUGCGCAUGCCUCCCUUCUAUUUAACUGAAAAGUUCACGAUUGUUCGGCGUUGUAUUACUUUACUCUCGGUGUAUAGCAUGUUCAAACCCACUCGGAAUGGAGAAGGGAAGCAUAACCAAUGCCCAGAUCACAGCUUCCACCCAAUAUCACAGUCCAUACCGAUCUUACCAUGCCAGACUGAAUUCCAACGGUGGCUCGUGGGUUCCCAGAACUAAUAACGGUCAUCAGUGGCUGCAAGUGGAUCUUGGUAAGAAAACCGAGGUGACAGGAAUAAAGACCCAGGGACGAUAUAACGCCCAUCAAUGGGUUACAAGUUACCGUGUAUCCUACAGCAACGACGGCUCCACCUUCGAAAUCUAUAAGGAAAACAAUAAAGUUAAGGUAUGUAUUCAAUUGAAAAUCAUUGCAAGAGCAAUUAAGUCAGCCAAUUACCGUAAAUACUCGAUCACUGGCUUCCCCUUCUAGUAAACAGCUCUCCGCCCAAGAAAGAACAAAACGGAGAUUGUGUUUCACGUUAGACGGCCUGUUUGACACCUGUGCAUGAUUGGUUAUAGUAAAACAGAGGUUUUGAAAAAAUCGUUGGUAAGAUAACUAAAAAUAAGUAACAUCAUGACUUAAAGGUGAAUUGCAAAUGUGUACCAAACUCAUUUUAAAAUUUGUGUUUUUACUAUUGACACUGAUACGUUAAAAGUCACUUGAAUUAUCGGUGCAUUCGCCUUAAUUAGAAUAUUAACGAAAUAAGUGCCCCCUCUCGCCUCAGAAAAUCAAAGAAGCAUCCCCAACGCUACUCACUCAUUCCCAGUUAAAGUAGCCAAUGAGAUCUGCAAAAUCGAGCAAAAAGAUAAGUCUUCAUGAUUUUGAUUUUGAUUUCAGUAACACAAAGCUACAAGGCUUGUAUUCGUUGCAUCUUAAAAAAAUUCCAUGUAAUCUUAAGUAUUUACGAAGUUAUCGCAUUUUUAGUAUUGCUAUCUCAGUUUAAAAAAAAAAAUAAUCGAGAUUUCGCACGAAUAUCAGGGUAUUAUUUAGCAAUUAAUAAAUUCGGCUUUCGUAGGAUAUGGAGAAUUAAGCAGAUCGAGGAGGGUGUUAUCCACCUCGGCCUUCGGCCUCUGUGGAUAACACCCUCCUCGAUCUGCUUAAUUAACCCCCGAGAUCUGAGCUGCUUAAUUCUUCAUAUUCUACGAAAGCCGAAUCCAUUAAUUGCUUUAUUAUUCAUUCAAAAUAAUUCCUAUUUAAAAACAGCUAAAACAUGCUUACCAGCAUCGAUGUUAAGCUUAUCUUCGAUAGUGUACGUUUAGGUUUGUCCAGCUCCGCAAAUAUUCUCCAAAUAGCAGGUGUCGCCCUCCGAGUUGUCUUCUUGCUGUUUUUGCUAUGUUUUUAGCCAUUAUCUCGCCUGGUUCCAGCUGUAGUACUUACUCUUGAAACGAGUGAAGUGUCCGCCGUUUUAAUUUUCACAACGAAAACAACUUAACCACGUCCCCAGGUCUUCUCGGUUAACGAUGCAUUAACCUGUGGAAGGCUGCAUUUUUGACGUCAUUUCCUCGUUAAGCACAAAAUUCUUCCAAAUUUGGUCAUCAGUAACUGAUUAUGGUGAAUUAUGCGUGUGCUUUUAGCCAAUCAGAAUUGGGGAAAUAUUUUGAAUGAAUAAUAAUUUUUCAACCUUGGAUAAUGAAUUUCUAGCAUUGAACUGGUUGGCUCUCUCAGUCUCGGUUUAACUUAGUUUAGUUUACCUCCUUAGUUUGACCUCAUAUGGAAAAACAACAAAAUUUCUCUAAGACAAAGCGGCGGAAAAAAGUAGAUUUCGCGAGCUUUCCACCGACGAAACAACAGGAAAAAAACAGAAAUGCCAUAACGGCAGCGACAAAAAAGCCACAAACUUUAGUUUGAAAUUAUUUAAUGGUACUCCGAAGUUUCCUUAGAAAUUUAAAGAAAUUAUAAGAAUAAUUCUUCCGUACGUCGAGCUGAUUUUGUAACUACAGCAACAACAACAACAACAGCAAAGUUUACCUUAAAAACUUUCAGAAUGGUUUGCAUUAGUUCUCGCAGGAGUAAGUUUUCAAAACAAUUAGCAGAUUUUUUGCGUGUUUGAAGAGCUUUUACACCUCUUAACACUUUCGCAAGUCCAUAACGGACCAUAACGGGCUUCAAGUGAAUCCUACAAACAGCGACUUUCCAUUGAACAACAACAAAAACAAAUUGAUUAAUGAAGCCGGGUCUUUGUGCAGCUGCGAUUUAGUGGAUUCAGUGGAGGAGGAAAACGAAAUUGAGCAAUCAGGUCGACCUAUUCAGGGUCAAAUUCCACAGUCACAGAGAGGGAAAGCGAAAACAGUACUUGUCGAGAAUAAUUUACGCACAGCGUCUUUUCCUGUCAGAUUUUUCAUUCAACUAAGUUCAUAAACGGCGCACAUGCCAUGUGAUUUUCCCUUGGUUUACCGGAAGUUACAUUAAUAUCCGGUCGUUUUGUAACAUUUAAAAUGAAAUUUACUAAAAUUCAGUUGUAAUAACCGGAGGUUUGGAGUUUAAAUUUAACAAAACAAUUAUUCCAUUCGCGCUUGUUACUCUCGCUCGCGUAAGCAGUGAGGCUCAGAAUCUGCAACGCGUUUUUGCAUUUUUGUUCCUAUUUUAUACACAAAUGGGGGGCCAUUGUGUCAGGCGUUCCUAGCGAAGACCGUGGAAACUGGGAAUAAGAAUCGUUGCGUGAUCGAAGUCACACAUGUUUAGGAAAGAUUAAAUUUAGAGCUUUUCCGGAACGUGUCGGUCCACGAAUUCUAUCGCUUCAAAGCGUUGAUUGCUUUGGAACAAGUGAACUUCACUGAGUAGUUGAAGAAAAAAAAAGAAUCUUAAUUAGCAAAACUGCGAUGAUCGGGUGUUGUAAACUUUCAUUGUAUGCAGAUGGCUCUUGUGACGAGAAUGCGGUUUAUUUUCGAUGAUGAUUCGAAGAUACCCUGAGCACGCAUAGAUACACAGCGAAAUCAGCCGAAUUUCCUCCGAAGUGUUUUCGGAUCACGACGAAUCUAUUUUGUUGUAGCGUAGCAGUUGUGGCGCCAAGAUGUCGUCAUGUCUCUUCGCACUUGUUUGUCUUCUUUUUUCUGCGGUACAUGGUUGAGAUGUUGGUGAAUGCUGCACAAGAAAUGGAUUCUUCGAGAGGCUGUAAGUACAAAUUUAGUAUUAAUUUAGUGAUGAGAAAGCCUGAAUAUCGAAGAGAUCCCGUGAAUUAUCCUUUUGGUAUUCAGUUUAUCUUACUGUUGAGCAUACUUAGAACUCUCAGGCAUAAGUGGUUGUCAACUCGUUCACUUCGGAUAUAUUUUUUCUGUUUGUCCGUCUUAACUAGUCUUCUUCUGCUAUUAAGAAGACUACAGAAAACUUCAAAAAAUUAGAAACCAACGCUAAAAAAAUUUAGAUCUAAUUUUGCAUAGUUUGACUGUUGUUUGAAAGACAAUCAUACUUAUAUUACGAUCACUUUUGGAGACAAAAUAAAAUAUCUGUAAAUCAAAUACCAAAAUCAGAUUUAGAUUUCGCUUUAAAAAAAAAUGAAAAUGUUGCAGAUGUCAAUGCAAAGUUGUAAAACAACUCAAUAUAAAGCUUUAAAAGCAGUCUGUGAAUUUGCGUUUAGGUCCAGAAAACUAAUUUAAAAUUUCUUUUUGACGUAUCAUCCCAGAAAAGACUUAUGCCCUGCAUUGCUUGUCUACGAGUGUUUUACAAAAUGCUUUACUACAGCAAGCCUCUGAGAGGCGAUUCUGAUAAAUUUAUAGCACGCUAAAAAGCAAAAAAAUCUAAGCUUACUUUAACUUAAGCUAAAAUAAGAAUUUCUUGCAAACAACCUGGCUGGGUCCGGGUUUUGAAUUGCAAAAUGUUCACGUUUGCCCGCUCUUCUUUUAAUGAACAUGGUUUUUGAAACGAUUUGGUAUUUCUUGACCCAAAAAUUAUCAUUUGGUUAUUAUAAAAGCUUUUAAAACCGACCAAAACUAAGCUAAUAAACAUGUUCAACGUAAAAAAAUAAGAUUUACUUUCUCUUUUUUAACUUUGCUUUUGUGGGCCGAAAAAUUUAAGUUUACCUUUACGCAAAAAUAAAAAAAACAACGAGGCUUUUAUUCGACAUCACUAGCAUUGUUUUCGAAUGGGAAUUUUCCUAAUUAUAUAACCUUUUAAUUUUAAUUAAUAAUUUUGAUACUCAGGCCCGGUUCAGAAGCCGAACUUUUCGUGAGCUGAACCUAAUAUUCGAAUUAAGGCCGACCCAAAUUAUUUCGACCGGCUGAUUUGAUUCAGACGCUGAACUAAGUUCAGAAGGCGAAAAAUGCUCAAUCGGGCCAACUACUAACAAGGUACAUGAAAGGUUCGGCGUCCGAAUCAAAGCCGUUCCAAAGUCGCUCCAAAGGCGAAAUUUCCGGCCGGGCCAGGCGAAAAGAACUGCUAAGCCGUUUCAUAAUUGAAACAGGCGUUCCUAAGUGAUUCAGACGCCGAACUUUUCAUGUAUUUAAUUCAUUAUAUUCGGUUCGGCUUAUGGAAAGUUCGGAGUUUGAACCGGGCCUAAGCUUUUUUUUAUACACUUCUCAUAUGGUAGUUUCACUUUUUUAUACACCGAUUGAGAAACAAAAUCGCUCUCGUUAAAUCCUAUUUUAAAGUUUAUGGCCUUUUUGUUACGUGACUCUACGUAGGUAUGAUGAAACAGGACAGGCUUUAACCUUUAGUACUAAUUUAUUUUUUCUUCACAAACCCUAAUCAGUUGACGCAUCAUGAGGGAAUAUCGUCAGAAAGAUGACAAAACUUUUCACUGAGUUUCCUUUACAUAUUCCGGGUUUAUAUGGGUCUACACCUUACCUGCAAAAGUAUAAAACUGUUGUUCAAGUGUCAGUCAAGCUCGGUAUAAUGGUGACUUGCAAAACCGAAUGCACAGUGGAAAAGCGUGUAAACAUCAUCGAACAUUGACGCUACGUAAAUUGACCACUUCAGAAAAUACCAUAACAUACCAUAGUUUUCUUUGUUGGUCGCUCCAAAAUUUUGCAUAUAAAGCAUUGUCUUCAGUUUNGUUCGGCGUCCGAAUCAAAGCCGUUCCAAAGUCGCUCCAAAGGCGAAAUUUCCGGCCGGGCCAGGCGAAAAGAACUGCUAAGCCGUUUCAUAAUUGAAACAGGCGUUCCUAAGUGAUUCAGACGCCGAACUUUUCAUGUAUUUAAUUCAUUAUAUUCGGUUCGGCUUAUGGAAAGUUCGGAGUUUGAACCGGGCCUAAGCUUUUUUUUAUACACUUCUCAUAUGGUAGUUUCACUUUUUUAUACACCGAUUGAGAAACAAAAUCGCUCUCGUUAAAUCCUAUUUUAAAGUUUAUGGCCUUUUUGUUACGUGACUCUACGUAGGUAUGAUGAAACAGGACAGGCUUUAACCUUUAGUACUAAUUUAUUUUUUCUUCACAAACCCUAAUCAGUUGACGCAUCAUGAGGGAAUAUCGUCAGAAAGAUGACAAAACUUUUCACUGAGUUUCCUUUACAUAUUCCGGGUUUAUAUGGGUCUACACCUUACCUGCAAAAGUAUAAAACUGUUGUUCAAGUGUCAGUCAAGCUCGGUAUAAUGGUGACUUGCAAAACCGAAUGCACAGUGGAAAAGCGUGUAAACAUCAUCGAACAUUGACGCUACGUAAAUUGACCACUUCAGAAAAUACCAUAACAUACCAUAGUUUUCUUUGUUGGUCGCUCCAAAAUUUUGCAUAUAAAGCAUUGUCUUCAGUUUCUCUUGGGAGUUAAAAUGGCCCCAAGAGAAACUGGAAACAAUCCGUAUGCGAAAUUUUGGAGUGAACAACCAAGAGUAUUAUGGUCUAUAGUAUUUUCUGGGUGUGGUCAAUUGGUUAAUGUGACACCAUGUUUCUUUUACUUAACUUACCAUGCAUUUAUGUCAAUUGGACACUCUUGUGAAAUUAACCUCAGACAAUUAGUUGCGACCUUAUGUUAAGAGAAGCUGAGCUCCACACGUUCUAUUUUUUUUAUAUAUUUUCUUGCACGUAUUAACAUUCCAUUUCUUUUUUGUUACAGAUAGCUGUAGAUUCAAGGAACUAAUCUGUGCAUUUAAAGCACGCCAGAGACUGAAUUUGACAUGCCCGGCAAGGGAUAGAAUUUGGCAUGCCCGGCAUGCCAGAAAAUUUGGCGUGCCCGGAAUGCCGGAGAUUUUGGCACGCGGGGCAUGCUGGGUAUUAAUUUCUCGUUAGAACCUAGGCUUCUCGCGACGCUGGUGGGAAGGUCACGGAACCUCAAAAUAUGCUCAUAGGGCAUGCAAAUUUCUGCUGCAUGCCAAUUUAAAUGCAAAAACACUCUGGGGCCACCCCCUCUACUACCAGUGAGCAAAUCAUUGACGAUAGGUAUGGGAAAAAUCCUUGCAUGCUAACCAAUAUUGUAAACGUAGCAGAAAUGUCUUCAGUUGCUGAGUCAUGCCCUAGGGGAGGCUUUAAAAUACAGAAUUUCCUGACAUAGAUGAGGAAAUUUUCCUUAAGAAGCAUGUGAUCAUGCCGGCUAGGGCGUAUUUACCCUUUUUUACGGCUAGCUAGGCUCAUAUUUAGGCUCCAUGGCCUGAAGUGACGCAAAAUUCAUGCCCUAAAUGAUAAAAGUCCCAAAAAGUCCUCGAAAUUUUAGUUUCCAAGCCGUUUUUACUCUUUGGGCUAUUUUUUCUAGGGAUCUUUGGAGUCAAAUCCUGCUCAAUUUGAUCCUCAGCUAAUCUUCUUUUCGGAGCAAUAUCAUGAAAUUGAUUAAAACAACAACAACAAACAAACAAACAGAGAAGAGUGAGUAUUUACACACACUAUACUUUAUUAUCAUACACAUCAUUUUGCCAAAAUUUGGAGGACCGUUGUUCAUAAAAAGGUCUGCAAUACGAUGUUCUUAGGUUUCUUUGGUAUUUUCUUACUUUAGAGAUGAAAAAAGGAAAACGCUAAGAAUAAAAAUCAUUGCCGAGACUGAGAAUUAUUACUACUAUCUGACUACUAUUAUUGUUUCUUAAGAUGAUGAAAACCUGUUUGCUAUGAAUGUCGCCUGUCUUCUCCUUAUAUUACAUGUCACAUUCACCGCGGAUAUUUAGUCAGACGAACCGGCGCAGAGUAUACAUAAAAGUCUACUAAGGAAGCUAAUACGAGAUAAACUAGUGGAAAAUCAGUUUGUUUUCUAAAUUUAAUAACAGAAUGAUUUUUUAACUUCCUAUUUGAAAAAUUUAAGCUACAAUCACAAGUUCUAUUCGAUUACAACUCAGUUUGGUUCGGCCGUCGGACGCCAUGUUGAACUUAAAACUGUUGCCUUAGUAACAUGUCACGUGAACUUGAAUCUGAACAGCGAUUGGUUAUUGGUUUGUUUUGGUCCAGGUUAUCAAAUUUGAUAACCAUUCCGGACUGUUUAAGUUGUCAGGAAGUUCAGUCGGCGGCAAAAUAUCAGAUAUAUCNAACGUAGCAGAAAUGUCUUCAGUUGCUGAGUCAUGCCCUAGGGGAGGCUUUAAAAUACAGAAUUUCCUGACAUAGAUGAGGAAAUUUUCCUUAAGAAGCAUGUGAUCAUGCCGGCUAGGGCGUAUUUACCCUUUUUUACGGCUAGCUAGGCUCAUAUUUAGGCUCCAUGGCCUGAAGUGACGCAAAAUUCAUGCCCUAAAUGAUAAAAGUCCCAAAAAGUCCUCGAAAUUUUAGUUUCCAAGCCGUUUUUACUCUUUGGGCUAUUUUUUCUAGGGAUCUUUGGAGUCAAAUCCUGCUCAAUUUGAUCCUCAGCUAAUCUUCUUUUCGGAGCAAUAUCAUGAAAUUGAUUAAAACAACAACAACAAACAAACAAACAGAGAAGAGUGAGUAUUUACACACACUAUACUUUAUUAUCAUACACAUCAUUUUGCCAAAAUUUGGAGGACCGUUGUUCAUAAAAAGGUCUGCAAUACGAUGUUCUUAGGUUUCUUUGGUAUUUUCUUACUUUAGAGAUGAAAAAAGGAAAACGCUAAGAAUAAAAAUCAUUGCCGAGACUGAGAAUUAUUACUACUAUCUGACUACUAUUAUUGUUUCUUAAGAUGAUGAAAACCUGUUUGCUAUGAAUGUCGCCUGUCUUCUCCUUAUAUUACAUGUCACAUUCACCGCGGAUAUUUAGUCAGACGAACCGGCGCAGAGUAUACAUAAAAGUCUACUAAGGAAGCUAAUACGAGAUAAACUAGUGGAAAAUCAGUUUGUUUUCUAAAUUUAAUAACAGAAUGAUUUUUUAACUUCCUAUUUGAAAAAUUUAAGCUACAAUCACAAGUUCUAUUCGAUUACAACUCAGUUUGGUUCGGCCGUCGGACGCCAUGUUGAACUUAAAACUGUUGCCUUAGUAACAUGUCACGUGAACUUGAAUCUGAACAGCGAUUGGUUAUUGGUUUGUUUUGGUCCAGGUUAUCAAAUUUGAUAACCAUUCCGGACUGUUUAAGUUGUCAGGAAGUUCAGUCGGCGGCAAAAUAUCAGAUAUAUCACUAGUAACUACCGUUACUAAUUGCGUCUUGGCCAUAGUGUUUUGUUCUCUUUUUCGAAUAAUAUCACUGUUUUAUUGUUAUUUAACAGACUUACAGCUACUGCACCCUAAAUUUCCUACAGUUAUUGAGAAGACGAUUAAGUAUCUCCGGUAAUAACCGAUAAAAAUGUUAGAAAUCAUAUUCAUAUUUCAGUGUACACAUGCAGUCCAGUGAUAUAAUAUCUGUUUACUUUAAUUUCGUCAACAAAUGGUUGACAUUGUAAUUCAAAAGAAACAAUGAAAGUUGGCAACGGAGGUUUUAGGCAACUCACUCGGGUAACCCAUUUUGACUUUCGGGGCAAAUUUUUCACGCAAAAUACAAUUUUCACACUUGUCUUGCCCUUACCCUAAAGCAACUCAGGAAUAAAUGUAACAAAGCACACAAAUGGAUAAGAUCGAACGGUUAACGUACCAUGGAAAUAUUAAGGUAACGAGUUUACGCUUUUAUCCAUAACACCUCGGCUAAAACUAAUAUUGAUAGCAAAAAAUUUCAGGAAAAUAUUUUGGCAGAAAAAAACUGGUUUCUAUUGGAUAAAUUCUGCAAUAACAAAGAAUAAAUUUCAGCAAACCCUUUGUGCCAAUUCUGUUUAAUUCCUACAUUCAUGACAUGUGUAUGAGUUAAGGUAACGGAGGUUAUUACAAAAUUGUGGACAAUAUUGGUGAGUUCAUGGGCUUAUUUGAAAGCUUAGCUAUUUCCCAUAUACAAAGGUUUGCUCUAUCCCGAGGGGUAUCCCAAAGCUAAUGUUGUUAAAACGCUAAAAUAUUUUGUAUAUUUAUGCAGCGGACAUGCCAAAUUGCCACUUAUUAGGGCUUUCUCUUAUAUUCUAAUAUAGCAGAAAUAGUAAGCAUCUAUCAUUGUCUAAAUGGCCGCCGUUUUCACACUAGAGACGGAUGAUCCAUCUUCAAAAUCCGUCAAAAUUGACGGAUGAACAGACCGGGAUAAAGUCAAGCGGAUUGUUCAUCAAAACUUAAAUCCGUUCCAUUCGAAUUACCUGUCUGGUGCGAAUUAUCCAACGGAUAACCCGUCUCAGACGGAAUCCGCCUCUAGUGUGAAAACGGCCAAUGCUGUGUUAUGACAAUAGAACCGUCCUAUGCGUUUAUUAAUAACUUAUAGAACAACACCCGCAUGGUGAAAUAGACAAAUAGACCGUAAAACAUCUAUUUGCUACAUUUUACUGGGAAUGAGUGUAAUUCCAACAUUUACUUUAACUAAUUUUACAACUCACAGCAUUCACGUGCAGUUUCUCCGGUCCAGUUAACAGAGUUGAACUGACGACACGCAAAAACAUGUGUAAAACCUGUAUUAUGAUCAGCAUUUCAUAUACCGUUACAGAUCUUCCAGGCAAACCGGAACCGUCACACUGUGGUUUUGAACAUUUUGAACCCUGCCAUACACGCACGCUACAUUCGGAUACUUCCUUACACUUGGUAUAGUCAUAUUUCUAUGAGGAUAGAACUCUUGGGAUGUCCGUCUGGUAGGUGCUGUUUAUUUACUUUCACUUCAAUCAACAUACAGCCUUUCACUUUCUCACAGAACUUCAAUUUAUUAAGGCGAAGCAUUUAACCGAUCGUAGAAUUAUAAACGUGUACAGCGCAGUUUUGGCGAGAUUUUGGUAUGAUCUAUAAGAAACAGCGUAAUGAUUUUUAGCCUGUUAGCCCCUCACUUACCUAGGCCUUUAAUCGUAAUUAAGGCUUAGGCCAUUGAUGAAUGACACUUGACCUGUCAAAAUCAAAUCAACGAACUCACAGUUUUUUGAUUAGCAAAGAAAUUUGCAGGUGAUGAACUCGACUUUAUCGGCCAAUCAUGCAGAGAUGAUUUUUUUUCGGAUUCUUCCAGAGGUUAGUGAUCCUUUUAGCUUGGGGCUGACCAAAAGGAUCGCAGCCUCUGGGAACGAGAUUGAAAACAUGGAUGUCCAAUAUCAAGUUAAAAACAGGUUAUAUAUGCCUUGGACUUCAAAGCUAGUAAGUGUGACGUUUUACACCCGCUUACAUGAAAAGGUAGACAGGUUAUUUUGUCACAGCCAAAAUUUUUCAGAUAUAUAGAUAACCAAAUUUUAUUACCCACGGUGCUCCGCUGCCUGCGCUUCCGCUGAAAUCAAUGUAUUUGGUCGGCAAAAUUGUCUCACUGAGCACUUUUACCAGUUUACAGCAAAGCUCGGGCACUGGGGCGCCGAGUAGAAAUUGUAAAUUACUCACCCGAUUUGGCGUCAUCUUCAGGAAAAUAAAACAAACUGUUUUUUUUACAGAAAUAUUCUUACCGUUAACAUACCAGUGCUUUAACACAUUCUAAAAGCUUUUGAAACUGGCAAAUACACGCAGAUUUACCAUUUCAUAUAUUCAAAAUGGCUCCUGUUCAAGUAAUCAUUACACGAAGUAUCUACUCUCCGUCAUGAUACUGCUGGUCAAAAACAAACCGAGCCUUUGAUGUGUUAGCCUGUGUACAGACGUCCCCACUCCCUCAGAAAAAAUCGGAAGAAGAGACAUCGUCUCUUCUCCCGCCAUUUUUUUCUGAGCCAGGCCGGGGACGUCUGUACACAGGCUACUGAUGUAUCUUUAUUUCCCUUGCGCGGGUUGCGAUUUGAAAAUCUGUUGAUCUUUUAUUUUAGUAUAUACUAAAACAGUGGAUAGUGUUUUUCGCGCGCUCUGAUUGGCUACUCAAUCAGUGAAUAUCCUGCACUAUUCACUGAUUUACCUCCAGUUCCUCCUAGCCAACGACGCCAAACUCCCGUAAGUUGCAAGCAAAAUGCCUUCCCGGUUUGCUGCCGUAACAAACUAAGAAAUUUCACAACUAAUCAAGCAAGCUGUUCCCGAAACACACAAGGAAGGUGACAAAGUUCGGUUGGGAAGUUUUAACAGGUGAAACAGUUUUUUGCUUACAAAUGCAAUUCAAGCUUAAGUCUUGUGUUACUGUAUUUAGUUGACUUGUUCAUAAAUAAGCUUAAAACUAAAUUUAAUAAUCUUUUUUUGCAGAAUGAUUUUAAAUACAAAAAGAAUUCACAACUCCUUUUGAAAAAAUUUCCCCGAAAGAGCUAAACGAAUGCCUUCAAAAGUUUUAUUUGUCGGCAAGAAAAAGCGACGGCCGCUGCCGUUCGGUCAUUAUAUCGUAAUCGUUGGCAAAAUUGUAAUCGUUGGCAAUAGUAUUUGAGUUAAAAAUCAGUGUCGGUGGCUAAGUGGAGUUAAAAAUCAGUGUCGGUCGCAGCUCGGUAAAUGGGCAUAAGUGAAUAAUUGUUAUAUAACCCGGAGUAUCUAAAACUCCGCCCAGCUGAAAUAACAAACCUGAAUAUUUAACCAGAACGACAAAUAUAUUAAAGUUAUGACACGACACGGCUGUGAAAUAUUUUCAGUGUUCAGAUACUGUGAUGACGUCAACGUUUUCAAAAUGUUUUAUUCCGUCCUGGCGACUACGGCAAACUAGCGUUUUCAAAACUUUCCUCUCUGGAAAGCGUUUUCUAAAAGUUGCGGAUUCAGUGAGCGUUUUUUAUCCGUUAUAUGUAGACGAAAAGCCAAUCCGCAACAAAAUGAUCGCGGAUUAAAAAAAUCUGGAUGUGGAGGAAAUGAACAUACAGUAUGUUGCCUUCCUUAAUGAUCACACACAUAUUUUAGCGCUAACGUUUGGCCCGCACACGCGUACAUUACCCCGUGAGUAAUACAGUCGACUCUCUCUUAACGGACACCUCCAUAAGACGGACACCUAGAGUUGGUCCCCGCCUUUCUUUACUCCCUUUAUUUGACUCUCUAUAAGACGGACAUCUCUCUAAGACGGACACUUACUGCCGGUCCCAAAGGUGUCCGUCUUAGAGGUAGUUGACUGUACACUCUAAAUUCAUAAGUUCCUUUUCAACCUUUAAAGUACCAGUGUGCGAGGGCCCACAUAUUCUUUUGUUUUUUGUUAAUAGUUCCAAGAACUGCAUUUCCAGUUUUCUGUGACAUGGACGCCGGAGGUAAGUGACAUAAAUAAACUAUUGCUUUAGACUUGUUACUGUCAGCGGCUGUUUUUAUUUUUCUUCUCAGAUGUCUUAUAAUUGUAGUUGUAGUCAAGAUAGCAGAUUAUCGGACGAGGUUGAGUGAAGUGUGAGGAAUGAAGGAUUAUAAAGAAUCAGCCGAUGCCAAUGCACCCUCCGAGAUCGGAAUAAAAAUUGAUGUCAAACGAAAGCCGAAUUUAGUAAUUAUUUUGUUGUUAAUUUCAAAUAUUUCCUAAUGCAAAAAUUCUUUCUCAGUUCUCCGGACAGCCUUUAGUGGGCAAAUUUCAGUGCUUUUUUGUGUUAUUUUCCUCUGUAUCUUUGCUUUCAGUAUUUCAGUUAUUUUGUCUUCCCCUUUCUGAAUUCUAUCGGAAACUUAGUAGGCUGCAAAACUAAAACUGCCUUAGUUUUGAACUGGCUCGACGCAAAGUUUGGAGCGUCCAACGGUGCUUCGCGCCUUGCUGGCAGCGCUCUGAUUUGAGAAAAACUAAGUCGCUUGUUUUGCAUUCCAGCCAUUAUGGCUCUAUUUCCACUGCCAAAGUUGCAACCUCGUUUCCGAGGUGUCUCCGUUGUCUCUUUUGAAAAAGGUGCGAGGGCUUGGAAACAACGCAUGGAUUAGCCACAUUGUACUAAACUUAUAACGUCAUAGUUCUUAUGCGACCCACUGCUAUUAACGCUUUCUAUCUAGGCUGGACGAUGGUAUUUAAGGCUGUGGGCGGAGUGGACAAAAAUGUCUAUGAGGUCUAUAAAUCUGAUCAAACCUCUUCCGAGGAUAAGGUGGAAGCUCUUGACGUCACUAACAAGUACCGCGAUCACUACAAGAACAGGAUAGUUUUAGCAUGGCAAGCAUUUGACGCAUCUGAGGUACUUUCUAACAAAUAUUAUCAUCCUUCAUCAAACAGAGACUGCCUCAGUGCUAAGGCAAUUUUAAGUAACCUCUUGAAAAAAGGCCCUCCUAACUCCCAUUUCUUAGAUAAAUGCCCUAUUUAUACCUGGAGUUUCAAUGGGAUAGUUAUUGUCCGUUUUGUAACCGUGCGUGAGUAAGAUGUUACGGGAGUCAAGACCAGCCGUGUAACUGCUUAAUUAAAAAUGGAAAACUACUGCAGAAAAUGUCUUGACCUUGGGUGCUUAACUGAAAUUAAAAUAUAUGUUUCAUUACUAGGCUCGAGUUAGUCUUUAUAAAGGAGGAAAUUCGACAGUGGAACUGAAAUUCAGCGCCAAGAGCAUGGACAAACAAAACUGGUUUAGCGUCUCCAAACUGACUCACAGCAGCCAGUGGUCUGAUAUCAAAACAGAGUCAAAGAACUACUUUUCAAUAAGUGGAGACACAACAAAGAAGCGGCACUUUUUCAUCAACCGGGGAUAUGCAGGAAAUUGCGCUGGUGAUACCGGAUGGAUGGUAAUUGCCGGAAAAGGAUGUGACUGGGAAAGGGGUCACCAAAACAAAAACCCCAUACUGUACAGCAAGCUGUCUAAUUACACUAAAUGGGAGGAGAAAAGUGAGUUAACCAACACAUAGUGUCUGUAUGGCAUUAAUUCAGCUUCCACCACUAUUCACCUCUCCUUCAGGGGAUAGUUGUAUAUUAUUUCUCCUCUAACUCUUCUUUAUUUUCUUCGUUUUCUUUCAGAUGACGUAGGGGAGGCAGACGUGUUGGCAGUGUUCUUGCGUUAAGAAGGAAACCAGGAGCCUUGAUUUGUUAUUAGACGAAACGAGACGAUGGCCUGAACUUAUUAUUCCCUCUUCUGACACUUUAUAGCAUGUACUUAGACUGGUGUAGUGGGCAGGUACAGUUUUUACAUAGCUCUGAUAGUGUAGUCAGCUGUAGCUAAUGUAAAAUAAAGCAUCUGAAG